AUGUUUGAAAAGAAAAAAGAGGAAAAAUGUAUUUUUCCUACAACUUCGAUUUCAGAAUUACAAGAUAGGCCUUUUCCAAAGACAUCGGCAUGUCUAGUUAUAGGCGAUGAAAUUCUCGAUGGAAAGACUGUUGAUUCAAAUUCCGGAUUUUUCGCUAAAUUUUGUUUUAAUCAUGGGAUUUAUUUAAAAAGAAUUGAAGUAAUUCCGGACAAGGAAGAUGAAUCCUGCUCUUAUUAUUAUGGUCCUUGUGCGCUGUUACGAUAUAUUCCUAUAGCAAGG